AUGCGGAACUUCAUACCUGACAAGAGUGCGUUCCUCAUCCCACCAUGGAACACCGUUGAACUAUCUCAGAGAGAUGUUUCACUUCAAAUUCCGCUCGACUAUGUGACGCUUCCUGCUGUAUCACUCUCGGCGGCGUGUUUCGGUGCUGGAUUAUAUGAGGACGAUGCGGCUCGGAAGUGCAUAUCCAACCUGCUGGCAGUCGGCUACAGACGUCUGUACGUGGACGUAUAUUGGUCAUCAGAAGGGGAUCUAUGGGGGCUUUGCCCGAUAGACACUGUCGGCGCCCGUCCAACUUCAACUAUCCCGACUAGCGCGCCAUCUGGGGAUAUCACGUCAAGCAGAGCCUCCGCUAUUAAUCCGUCUUCAACCUCGGCAGCAGUCAAUAGCAAGAAAAAGGCUCGCGCUGCGCAAGAGAGAAGUGAGUCCGGGCCUGAGAUAUACAACCUAGGGCCGUACUCGUGUACGCAGUCCCUCAACAUCUCGACUUUGUCAGCGGUACUAGAAGAGUACUUUCUGAGCACUGAAAAUACCAUAAACGCAAACAUGCUUUAUUUAAUUAUCAAUAUGCACGCUGCUGGUUCGUCUGACUCGCCGGAUGAACCUCCAAAGACGCCUGAUUUGAGCAGCCUUCCGUCCCCAUCGCGUUUACUUGGUAGAAUGUUAGGAAGUUCGCUGCGAAAUUUUAUCUAUAGCCCAGCCAGGUUGAUGGAGAAUCGUCAGAAUCUGAAUGAAUCUUGGUUUUCCGUUUCCCCAUCCCAACAACCCAUCGCGGAAUAUCUCACGACAACUGUGGAUAGUAAACAUCAUCUUGCCACGGCUAAUGGAUGGCCAUCGACCGGUUUCGCUGUUCUAGCUCGAGCUUCAAGGCUUAUCAUGGGCUGGGGGACCAUUGACCCUCAAAUGUCAUCUUACAACUUUACAGGGGACCCUAUGGUAUUCCCGCCAAAUUCACUGACAUCUCGCAUAGAUAUCCAGGUUGAUGCGGCAGCUAAUCUCACAAAAGGCUGCCUCUAUGACCCUAGUUCCACAGGAGUGUCGACUGAUGACCACACAUGGGCCGUGGCAGAACUCCCCCAACGAAAUUCAUCCGACGAAAUAGCGCUAUUAACCCGGCAAUUUGUAUCGUGUGGCAUAUCUCCCGUCGUUAACUAUACCCUCCUUAACGUGACGGCUGAUAGGGACAUUGGACCUUAUCGAAACGUUUCGUUUUCAACAACCUGGUCUUGGGCUAAGGAUGAACCUCUCAACUCCACCGGUUCAACAUCGUCAAAAACGAGAAACUCAUAUCGAUGCGCAGCGAUGGAUGCGGCAUUGUCAGGGAAAUGGCGUGCGCAUGAGUGUUCCGAUGAAUUCCGUGUUGCCUGCCGAGUCGGAAAUUCUCCAUACGACUGGAUUAUUUCAGAAAAAACGGCUAGCUACUUCACCGCCGCUGAAGCUUGCCCCGAACGUACAGCCUUCUCCGUCCCCAGAACCGCGCUUGAGAAUACCUAUCUCUAUUCAAAGCUCCAUCCGCAGCGUAAUGUUACUACGGCAAUAUUACCUGAUACCAGUGAUAAAGACAGCGGUAGCAGCCAGUCGGUCUGGAUAGACUUCAACUCUGCGGAUGUGCCUUCCUGCUGGGUCACACAUGGUGCGGCCGCACAGUGCCCGUAUGAGCUGGAUACUAACGAGAUUGAAAGGCGGGCAAUUCUUGUUCCAACGAUUGCGGCUAUCAUCGUUCUCAUCCUAACUGCUUUAACGUUGUUUGUUAAGUGUAAUGCAAAUCGGCGAAAUUCGAGGAGAAGGAGGGUUAUUGAUGGAUGGGAUUACGAAGGAGUACCUUCGUAA